CUUGCGUUUUCCUUAUGUUUUCUUGUUGCGUUACAGCAGAAGCGUUCGUAUUAUCGUUAUCGUUUAACAAAAUUGCCGAAGUCAGAUUGCAAAUCGAAUUAACUGAAAAUAUAGCUUGUAAAUAUGUCACAGCAACAACAGGAUGAAUUAGAAAGGCAACGGCAGCAUCAGGCGAAUGUUAUGAUAUCAGGGUUCGGAAUUCAACCUAGUCUGUCGGUACAGCAACCACAACAGUCGCCCAUUGGGAUGCAGUUCGGACAAGUUCAAGCAUCUUCCCCGCAAAGCAACCAUAAUCAACAACCACAGAUAAUGUCACCGGCAACAGUGGCAUUCCCACCAGCGCCAUCUAGUGUUAUGUCUAACAUGUACCCACCAACUCCUGGACCACCCAUGACACCAAUGACACCUUUCACACCUAUCUCUCAGGAAAGCUCUGGUAUCGUUCCACAGCUGCAGAACAUUGUCUCAACAAUUAAUCUUGGCUGCAAACUGGACCUAAAGAAAAUAGCUCUGCAUGCAAGAAAUGCUGAGUACAACCCAAAGCGCUUUGCUGCUGUCAUUAUGAGAAUCAGAAAUCCCAGGACCACAGCUCUGAUAUUCAGCUCAGGGAAAAUGGUUUGCACAGGAGCAAAGAGUGAAGAGGAGUCAAGAUUAGCAGCCAGAAAGUAUGCAAGGGUCGUUCAAAAACUUGGUUUUCCAGCAAAGUUCCUAGAAUUUAAGAUUCAGAACAUGGUUGGCAGCUGUGAUGUAAAGUUUCCAAUCCGAUUAGAAGGUCUCGUCCUGAAACAUAGCCAAUUCUCAAGUUAUGAGCCUGAACUUUUCCCGGGUCUGAUCUACCGAAUGGUUAAACCCAGAAUAGUACUACUUAUCUUUGUGUCAGGAAAGGUUGUUCUGACAGGUGCAAAAGUGAGAAAUGAGAUCUAUGAAGCCUUCGACAACAUAUAUCCUAUUCUAAAAGGUUUCAAAAAGCAAUAGUAUAAGUAGAAAACACAGAUUAGCAAUAUUUUUCUAAAUCGUAGUUUAUACAGAGAUUAUUGAGUUAUCAUUUAGUUGUGGCUGCUUUAAUUGAAAGUGAUCAUUUUAAGUCAUUUCUGAUUAAUGUAAUCCUGGUCAUGAAUGAGCUUGAAACUAUUGCAGCCUAGUGUAAAUAUUGAGUGUAUUUAGUUUGGAUAUGGUAAAUAUUGGAUAUAUAUAUAUAUAUAUAUAUAUAUACACACACAAUAAGAGAACAUCAUAUGACAAUAUUGGUAUUAUCUCCAUCUUGCCCUUCUUCACUGAAUGAUUUGUGCAUGACGAUUUUUGGCGCAGAGUUUUUGCAAAGGUUUCAUUCCGUAAUGCAGUUUACAUAUGUAGAAUGGCAAUAGGUGUCAGCACCAGGCCUUCAGAAUGAAUGACCAGCAUUGUAUAAAAAUCCAUAUUAAAUGAAAAAGGGGUAGCAAAUGUGGUUCUUGCUCUGCACAGAGUACCAAUACAGCUCAAUUUCGAAUAUACAAAUCCGUUAUUAGGGUAUAAGGAGGACUCAGAAAGAAAGUGCCCAAAAACAUUACCUUUGUAAAGCAACACUUGUAUUUAAAUUGGACAAGACAACUAUAUUUCAUUCUUUAUGUAAAAAAUAUAAAUAAGCACUCUUUUUAUGAGCUCGUAUGUUACCAAUUAUGUUACUUGUAAAUGUGUUUAAAAAUAAAAAAUUUCACAGAAAUUAUAGAACAAAUUUGAUAUCAAAAAUUAAACAAUGUACAAAUUUUAUUAUAA